AUGGUUGAUAUAGAGUAUUAUAAUAUUUCAUUCCAAAUGGCAAAUGCAACAAAAUCCACUGUUGAAACACUCUUUUCAAAGUAUUCCCCCACCAUUUUCGAAUCAUUUAUACCCGAACAAAACCCCAAGCGCAAAGUCGACUUCAUUGUAGAACUUCGAAAAAAGCGUGAAGCUAUUAUUGCACAGAAAGAGCUUAUAGCGAGUGGUAUCCACGGCUCAAAUGUUUCCAUUCGGAAAGUAGAAGGCCAUGGUCGGUGUUUUUUGAUCUCUGGACUUCCCAAUGGCACCACUGUCAGCAAUUUAAAGCAGUGGAUUGAGAAGUAUAACCCCAUUAAAGUUGAAUCUGUUGAAGUUGAGUUAGUCAACAAACGAGUGAACGUCACUCUUGGAUUUAAAGACAAAGAAUGCGCGAAGAAAUUUGUGGACGAAUUUUCGCAACAGGACAUUGAAGGUGAAAAGGCGAAAGUCCGUAAAAUCGACAUCAAAGACAAAAAGUGUUUUGUAUGUGGAAAGAAAGGGCAUUUGAGUGGCAGUUGCCCAGAAAAGGAACAACAUAAAGUUGUACAAGCGCAACCUAAUAAGAAAGAAAAAGAGGAAAAAACAGAAACAACUCUUUUGGAAGAGAAAAAGGAGAAAAAAGUGAAGAAGGAAGCUUUAAAGAAAGAAAAAACAGUGCCACUGCAACUCCCUAAAGUUGACAAAAGAACAACAAAGAGAAAGAAGGCUGUUUCUCAUUUAAAAAAGGACUGA